GCCAUCUCGGCACGUCGGCUCCUGAUGAUAUUCGUGGUCGCGGUUGGCCCUCUACGCCUGCAUUUUUACCUACCGAGUACAAUGUAAUUCUUCACCCAUUGGUGCCUCACGGCUUUUAUGCUCACAUCGUAAGCUUCACAACGCCUGAAACUCGCUUCAAUGGAGUCGCUGUAUUCGCGCAGUGCAAAUGCGACACCUUGGGCUGGAGAUGAUACCUUCGGCCCCCAGAUCGGCACGCGUUUCGAUUUCACAUUGUUCUUCGAGCACACGAUAUUAACGAGUCUACCGGCCUCUUUGCUUCUUUUCGUGUGCCCCCUCUACUUGACUCGUUUUCUGCGCAGACCAGUUUUCUUCAAGCAUGGGUUGCUCCUCUGGACGAAGCUUGUAUGGCCGCGGGCAUUUCCUUUCGAUUGCUUCUUCUCGGCCGGCUAACCUCACCAUCGCAGAUCGUUGCAGCGCUCCUGCUUGGUGCUGAAUUAGCGAACACAGUCCUCACCAGCCGCGAUGGCUCAUCAUUGCGAAAUAGCGCUUCAAUUGCUGCCGCCGUGCUCUCGUGUGUGUCCACGCUUUCAGUGAUGGCAAUAACUUAUGCCGAGCAUUGUCGGUCGCUUCGAUCAUCCUCAUUUCUAAGCGCAUUUUUGUCGAUCACCACGCUCUUCAAUGUGGCGCGAGCGCGAUCCUACAUCAGUCGCGGCGGACUUGGCAGCUUUGGUGCUUUGCAAAUCGCUAUCGCCAUCAUCAAGCUGGUUUUAGUCGCGCUGGAAGAGGUAUCCAAGCAGUCGCUUUUCCAACCUGAACAGGAUCGGUCACCAAUAGGUCCAGAGACACGGGGGGGCUUCUGGAAUAGGUCGCUUUUCGUAUGGGUAAACAAUACCUUAUUGAUUGGGUUUAAAACCGCUAUUAGUGUCGAUGAACUGCCUGAGAUCGGAUUAGAAUUCUCCACCGAUCGACUCUCCAUUCAGUUUCAGAAAAGAUGGGAAGCAGUCAACAAGUCCUUGCGAUAUUGUCUACCAAUUACUAGCUUGAAGGCUCUCGCGUGGCCACUUGUCGCCAUCGUAGUACCACGGCUUUGUUUCAUGGCUUUCACUUUUGCUCAGCCUUUCCUACUUCACACCAUUGUGAGAGCAGUUGGCCAACAGGAAUUAUCUAGAGACAUUAUUGGUGGCCUCAUAGGAGCUACCGGCCUCGUCUACUUCGGUCUGGCGGUGGCUGGAGCAUGUUAUACGCACGCAGUCUACCGGUGCCUCACGAUGAACCGCGGAAUGCUUGUCUCUGCAAUUUUUAAGCAGACUCUGGAGUUGGACUUGGCAACUGCUAAGAAAUCGGCUGCUGUCACGCUCAUGAGUACCGAUGUGGACAGCAUCGAGGCCGGAUUCGUCAUGAUGCAUGACCUUUGGGCAGGUGUUCUUGAGCUCGGCAUUGGUGUUUUCCUCCUGGCCAGAUACGUCGGAGCAGCGGCUUUCCUCGUUAUAGUACCAGCAGUGCUGUCUACCGCAUCAUCUCAUUUUUUGGCAAAGAAAAACGGUCCGGCUCGCAAGGAUUGGAACCAAGCGGUGCAGACCCGCGUGUCUGCUACUAACCACGUCUUAGGUCAAGUUAAGAGCAUCAAGAUGACGGGACUUGCUCCCUUUGUGGUGGAGUAUCUACAAGACCUUCGUGUCACUGAAGUCGAUAAGUCGAAGGACCUCAGAAAAAUCAUAAUAUAUAUGCAUGCACUAGCACAGUUUUUUACGACAAACACACCAGUUCUUGUUAUCGCCGGUGGCUUGUUCUGGACUAAUGCAUCCAAAGGUCUUGAUGCGGCUGAUACAUUCGCCACGCUCUCUCUGACCAGCCUAGUUUCGGCACCAAUGACCAAUUUGCUUGUUGGGUUUCCACAAGCAGCAAGUUUGCUGGCAUGUUUUUCUCGCAUCCAAGAUUUUCUUCUUUUGAAGCCACGGCCAGGUGCGAAAGACCUUGCCUUCCCUGGAAGUGCGCAUAUGCCCCUCGCCGCACAGAAAAAUGCGCACGCGGUAGACUCGAAACAUGGCAUAGAACUACGAAAUAGUGGCUCAUCGCCACUAAAGAAAGACGUUGGGACAACAAAACCAUUGAUUGAGUUCGAUGAUGCAUACAUUGCUCCAUCUGUCGAUGCCGAACCCGUUUUGCAAGGAGUGAGCCUCAAAAUUCUACCAUCCACGUUAACAGUAGUUGUCGGUCCUGUUGGAUCUGGAAAGACAACACUUGUCAGGGCUCUUUUGGGUGAAGCUCAUAUCAGUGGGACUGUAAUCGGCAUAGGUCAGACGAGCACAGGAUAUUGUGAUCAGGUCUCGUGGCUUCGAAAUAUCUCCAUACAAGACAAUAUAGUCGGGCCAGCGGAGUUCGACGAGCCAUGGUACAACACUGUUCUGAAAUGUUGUUUGCUCCAGGAGGAUCUGCGCGAGAUAUCAGGUGGUGAUAAAGUGCUUGCUGGAAGUGGUGGCGCAAGUCUAAGCGGCGGACAAAAACAGCGAGUAGCACUCGCUCGAGCCGUAUAUGCUCGAAAUUCUAUGAUAAUAAUGGAUGAUGUGUUCAGUGCGUUAGAUCACAGGACUUCUCAAGCAAUCUUGGACCAACUUCUAGGAUCAAACGGUGUUCUUCGGGCUCUGGGAACAACCGUCAUCAUGGCCACUCAUUCUCUUGAUCAUCUUGCCUUGGCAACCAACGUUCUUGUGCUUGACGGCAAAGGCAACGUCGAUGUUCGAUCCAAUGCACAGUAUAUGGCGAACGACAAUGUCCUGAUCGAGGAAUUACGGAAGACCAAGGCCAUUGUGACAGAUGACGACUCUAACCAAGGGAUUUCAGUCUCCAGUAAAAACUCAUUGCCACAGGAGAAACCCAACGCUACCCUGCAACCGAAUGACACGAAGAAACUUGAACGACAGAGAGGCGAUCUAGGACUCUACCGGUUCUACUUCUUCUCGAGUGGGAUAUGGCACUACCUUAUCUGGAUGCUCAUGGCUGCCAUCAACAUGCUUUGGUCCCAGAUGCCUUACAUAUUCCUUCGCAUUUGGCUCGGUAAAGCCCCCGAUGAUAAGACAUAUUUUGCUGGAUACGCCACACUUGGUGUAACUUCUUGCCUGUCCUCCGCUGUAAUGCUCGCGUUCUAUAUGCUCAAGGUUGCACCUACAUCAGCGGAGAAGUUGCACAGAAUUCUAUUGGAGAAGGUGAUGCGUGCAACGCUUGGCUUUCUGUCCUCUACAGACUCAGGCUCUCUCCUAAACAGGUUCAGCCAAGACAUGUCAAUCAUCAACCAAACCUUGCCAAUGGUGAUGCUGAACUUCUCUAUUGUCUUCUUCGAUAACCUAGUUAGUCUUGGGAUCAUUGUUUCUGGAGCUAACUACGCGGCGGUCGUCAUUCCCUUCUUGUUUGUGACAGUAUAUCUUGUACAGCACUUCUACCUCCGCACCUCACGACAAAUGCGCCAUCUCGACCUGGAGGCUAAGUCUCCACUAUACACACAGCUUUCCGAGACUGCAGCUGGCGUGCAACAUAUCCGCGCCUUUUCGUGGCGGUCUGAAAUUCUAUCUGAGAGCUUUAGGCUCGUUGACUCCUCCCAGAAACCUUACUACUACAUGUUUUGUAUACAAAGAUGGCUCACUCUAGUUUUGGAACUUAAUGUGAUGGUUGUUGCGGUUGUUUUGGUUACUUUGGCGCUAACUGUACCUCACACCAGCUCAGCGAGUGCAAUCGGCCUGGCGAUGUUGAAUGUAAUUACUUUUGGGUCAGGAAUGGCCAACGUUAUUGGCACGUGGACUCGAAUGGAGACAUCUCUAGGUGCUAUUGCAAGAUUGAGAUCAUUCUUGGAGGAGACACCAGCAGAGGAGGACCCAGGCAACGAGCCCGAGUUGCCCAAGGGCUGGCCACUGCAUGGUAAAAUCAAGCUCGAGGGCGUCUGUGCACGAUACAACCCUCAAGACACACGACAAGUACUUGAUAAUAUUUCUCUCAUCAUAGAGCCUGGACAGAAGGUUGGAGUGGUCGGCCGUACGGGCAGUGGAAAGAGUUCGCUGGUCUUGACGCUGCUCCAUCUUCUUCAUCAAUCUGGUUCAGUGACAAUUGACGACAUCAAUACCUCAGACGUUACACGCCAACACCUUCGCUCCCGAAUCACGGUAAUCGCUCAAGACCCUGUUGAGCUUCAAGGCACAGUGAGAUUCAAUCUCGUUCCCUUCGACCUAGCGAAUGCACUAUCGCAGAACGAUAUAAUCGGAGACGCUAUCGUGCAAGAGACGCUGUUGCAAGUGGGGCUGCGUGACCAAAUCUCCGCAAAUGGUGGUCUGGAGGCAGACUUUUCAACUCUGGGUCUCUCACAGGGACAGAGACAACUAUUCUGCCUGGCUCGCGCCGUCUUGCAUCAUAGGGUGAUGGAAACCAAAAUCGUGCUUAUGGAUGAGGCGACAAGUAGCGUCGACAUGGAUACAGAUAGGGAGAUGCAGGCGGUCAUGACUAGAGCAUUUUCAGAGUGUACAGUUAUUACGGUCGCGCAUCGCUUCGAGACACUUCAAGAUGUGGAUCUUGUGCUAGAGUUGGAAAAUGGGAGGCUUGUUAGGCGAGAGGAGCGGAAAAGACGCGAGUUCUAGAAUAGCUCACGAGGCUAUUGUCAGAGAUACUCUAUCCAUAUUGAAAUCUACAAGUAUUGCAAGCUAUUUUCAUAUAGAGAAUCUAUAUAUAAGGUUAGAAUUUUAA